CAUCCGGGUCCUGGCUGCGUUUCCGUAGCCCGCUGGUAGCUAAGCCAGCUAGCCUGCCUGUGUUGUGCCGUCAGUCCGUCAGUGGCUGCUUCGUCAGUGGCCGUGACAGCUGCUUCCUCCCGGGGACGCGGAAGGUGUCGGAGGUCGAAGAACGCCGCGUAAAUGCUGCCUUGACUCCGGCGGCGACGACGCGGAAGCAGAGCCUGAGUCGACGAGGUCGGAGUGCGUGUCGAAAUGGAGACGGACGGGAGUUGAAAAAAAAGAAAAAAGUGUGCGUUUAUUGGAAGCUAACCUGCUAGCAGCGGCUAAGCCCUCCUCCCCUCCCCUCACUCCCCCUCCCCUCCCUCGGCCAGACAGUUAACGGCAGCCCGCUCUCUCGGUGCGUCUCCUCUCCGCACUGCCGGAGCUCCCCCCCAAAAUGAAGAAGUUCAACAUCCGCAAGGUGCUGGACGGACUGACGUCGUCGUCGACGGCCGCCCAGACGGGGGCCUGCAAGGAGAGCGACGCCGUGCUGGAGAGUCUGCAGUCGGAGCAUUUCCAGCUUUGCAAGACCGUACGUCAUGGUUUCCCGCAUCAGCCGUCCGCCAUGGCCUUUGACCCAGUGCAGAAAAUCUUGGCCGUGGGGACCCUGACCGGAGCGUUGAGGCUCUUUGGCCGAGCCGGUGUGGAGUGUUACUGUCAACACGAGAGCGGCGCCGCUAUCAUCCAGCUCCAGUUCCUCGUCAACGAGGGGGCGCUAGUGAGUGCCUUGGCUGAUGACAGCGUCCACCUGUGGAACCUGAGGCAAAAGAUCCCUGCCAUCCUGCAUUCCCUCAAGUUCAACAGGGAGAGAAUCACCUACUGCCACCUGCCCUUCCAGAGCAAAUGGCUUUACAUCGGCACAGAACGAGGAAACAUCCACAUCGUCAACGUGGAGUGCUUCACCCUCUCAGGCUACGUCAUCAUGUGGAACAAAGCCAUCGAACUAUCCACCAAGACACACCCAGGGCCUGUAGUGCACAUCAGUGAUAACCCCAUGGAUGAAGGCAAGCUCCUGAUUGGAUUUGAGUGCGGAGUGGUGGUGUUGUGGGACUUAAAAUGCAAAAAGGCUGACUACCGCUACAAUUACGAUGAGGCCAUCCACUCGGUCGCCUGGCACCACGAAGGCAAACAGUUUGUCUGCAGCCACUCGGAUGGCACUCUGACCACAUGGAAUGUACGCGCCCCCGCCAAGCCUGCGCAGAUCAUCACGCCGCAUGGAAAGCAGCCCAAGGAUGGCAAGAAGCCAGAGCCAUGCAAGCCUAUCCUGAAGGUGGAGUAUAAAACAACAAGAGCUGGGUGA